GCAGUAGGAGGGUCCAUGUGCACAGAAUGACGUCGCUCUGACUGCAAGUCCAACCGACUCCUGCGUUUGUUUUUUUUUAUUACUCCUCUUAAAAAAAAUAAAAAAUGCAGGGCCCCAGAUUCGUUAAUCUGCGAAAUUACAGCCAUAAUGUGAGAUUAUGCGCCGCUGUUGCCCGACCCAUCGCUGAGGCUCGUCUUGUCAGGAGCAGCGGCUCGCUGUUGAGGAUUACUAGAGAUAAUACGCAGUAGACUUUUACGGUGUGCGUUUAGCUGUCAAACUGACAGCGAUGUGUCAGGAAGAGUAGUUAGAGCGCGUUUGUUGAUAUUUAUUCACUUUGCAGUGCGCGUCUUUCCUCCCCUGUCUUCUGGAUUACCGCUGCCCAGCAACACAGCCACCUGACAACUCUGAAUGUCGUAAUUAAGGUGACUCAAUGAGCCAGCAAUGGAGACCAAAGGAUACCAAAGUUUCUUUGAUGGAGAAGACGCAGAGAAUAAAUGGUCUGAAGCCCCGAGCACGAUGGAGUACUCCUGCAGCACGGAGGAUUCGAGUCUGACUAGCAGCGACAUCCUGAUGGACGUAGUCAAUGUCAGCUGCUGUGCUGGAAGCCUGGCAGCCAACAGCAAAGACAAGAAUACCAAGAAGCAGGAGCAGCCAAUGCUUCAGCUCAGCCAGAGCCAGCCAUUUGUUCUCCCACACUUCAACAACACCCUGCAUGGUCUUAAACAGGAAAUGGACUCCAAGGAGCUUUCCAAGACUGUGGCUGAGUCUAUGGGUCUGUAUAUGAACGCUGCCAGAGAGGCGGACUUUGCUUUCAGCCAUCAUGGAGGCAGCUCAAGCCCAGGGAAACCUUACCCAGUAUGUGGGCGCUCGCUGGAGGAGAACCAGUGCGGCUCUAAAAAGAGCCCCAAGUUGAAGCCCUUUGGCUUUCAACAGCCAGGUUCCACUCCCAGGGAAUGCACCACUGGGACUGUAGUUAGCUCAGCAUCCAUGCUUGUGUCCUCCCUGUCCUGCAGUCCUCAGACGUCCAGCUGCAUCUCAAGCCCUGGAGGCAGCAACAACAUGGUGUCAUCUACAACCAGCCCUACAUGCUUUGGACCACUAUGCUCAUCUGUCAGCAGCCCUGGAAACCAGACUUUGUGCGCAGCAACUCUAGCCAACAUCAAGAGCAGGAAUUCAGUCACAUGUAGCCCUGUAGAGUCCAGCACAGUCGGUUCGCCUCCGCUAACCAGUCCGCUUAAUGUCAUGAGGUCCCCCAUGUCCAGCCCACAGAGCAUGAGCAGCGUGCGAUCCCCUCCAUCCUGCAGCACUACAUGUAACAUUAGGUCGUCUGUUUCCAGCCCCACCGGUGGCAGCUGUACUGCUGCUACUAAUAACAGUAACACAGCAAGGCUGUCCAUCUCCAGUCCGGCCUCGGGGGGCCCUAUGGCUGCCAGCAGCCCCCAGAACCCCUCCUCUGUUGGGUUUCCUGUGUCCAGUCCAGCUGGUGGGCUAGGUUUGGUUCAGAACGACACCAACAGUCCGGAUGCGGAGGGGAUGACCAGAGACACAGAUUUCAAGAACUUUGAGUUUCCUAAAGUGGAGAUGGUGGACGGGGAGGUGUUCAGCGUGGGGCUGGACCAGAUGGGCAUGGUUAAGUACAUCAAGAAUGAACCUGAAACUGACUUCCGGAGCAUGUGUCUCGGCAGCUCCAAAUGUAAUGUGAGCAGCGCGCCAUUAAUCACGCAGAUUAAGAGUGAGCCAAACAAAAAUGAGGGUUGCAUGAACCAGCAGCCUUUUGGAGAGACGUCGCCAUCCCUCGGCCUCUUCCCGGCAUCCGAGACCACAUAUUUAUCCCUGAGGAACAACAUCGACGAGUACAGUCUCUCUGGGAUCCUAGGGCCCCCAGUCUCUUCUGUGAAUGGGAACUACGAGACAGACUUGUUCUCCAACAAUGUACUGUCUAAAGGGGUCAAACAGGAGUCCAAUGACGGCAGCUAUUACCAAGAGAAUAACAGCAUGUCCACCUCCGCCAUUGUUGGAGUUAAUUCCGGCGGACACUCAUUCCAUUACCAGAUUGGAGCGCAAGGAACAAUGUCAUUCACGCGGCAUGACAUGAGGGACCCGUCCAACCCUUUGUUGAAUCUAAUUUCACCUGUAACGGCAUUAAUGGAGUCAUGGAAAUCUCGGCCAGGGAUGUCACAGGGUUCACUGUCAGCCAGGAGUGAAGGCUUCUCGGGUCAGAACUGCAUCGCUGACAGCAUGUCAAGCUCAGCGCUCAGACAACCUUCCUCAACGGCCAAAGUGUGCCUGGUCUGUGGAGACGAAGCGUCCGGGUGUCACUACGGUGUGGUGACGUGUGGAAGCUGCAAAGUGUUCUUCAAAAGAGCCGUGGAAGGUCAGCACAACUACCUGUGCGCUGGCAGAAAUGACUGCAUCAUUGAUAAGAUCCGAAGGAAAAACUGCCCAGCCUGUCGCGUACGGAAGUGUCUUCAGGCUGGGAUGAACCUUGGAGCACGGAAGUCUAAAAAGUUAAAACUGAAGGGAGUCAACGAGGACCUGCAGAGCUCCAAAGACGCCCAGAUUGCCACAGGUGGCGUUGGAGGCGGCUACCUGUCCUCAGAGAAGGAGCUGAGUGCCAGCGCUGCCAAUGCCCUGGUGCCCCACGGGCCUGGGGUGGUCACACCUUUUCUGCCGCCCUCCAUCUGCAGCGUGCUGGAGCUGAUCGAGCCCGAAGAGGUGUACUCUGGCUAUGACAACACACAGCCGGACACAACUGACCACCUGCUGUCCAGUCUCAACCGCCUGGCUGGAAAGCAGAUGGUACGCAUGGUGAAGUGGGCCAAAGUACUUCCAGGUUUCCGGGGCCUGCCCAUUGAGGACCAAAUCACCCUGAUCCAGUACUCAUGGAUGUGUCUGUCCUCCUUCUGCCUCAGUUGGCGCUCCUACAAACACACCAAUGGUCAGAUGCUCUACUUUGCCCCAGAUCUCAUCUUCAACGAGGAGCGCAUGCGGCAGUCGGCCAUGUACGACUUGUGUCUGGGCAUGAGGCAAGUUAGCCAGGAGUUUGUUCGGUUGCAGCUAACCUACGACGAGUUUCUGUCAAUGAAGGUGCUUCUGCUUCUCAGCACAGUUCCCAAAGAGGGUCUGAAGAACCAGGCUGCAUUCGAGGAGAUGAGGGUUAAUUACAUCAAGGAGCUGCGACGUUCUGUGGGAAAGGCGACCAACAACUCCGGCCAAACCUGGCAGCGCUUCUUCCAGCUCACCAAGCUGCUGGACGCCAUGCAUGAUCUCGUUGGGAACUUGUUGGACUUCUGCUUCUACACCUUCCGUGAGUCGCAGGCCCUGAAGGUGGAGUUCCCCGAAAUGUUGGUUGAGAUCAUCAGUGACCAGAUACCAAAGGUGGAGUCGGGCCUUACUCACACCAUCUACUUCCACAAGAAGUGACUCGCUGCAAAGCCGGAACAGAAGUGGCAUUAAGAACCGGGAAAGAAAGAAGAAAACGAGGUUCAGGGAAGGAAACAUGUGCAAGAAAGGCCUGACCUGUCGGCCCCUCACCCUGCCGCCCUCUGAGGCGGCGUCCUCGCCUCGGAUCGCAGUCGAGCAGAGUGGUGAGGAGAAGGAUUUGACCCUGAAGUCACCAUAAGCAUCUUAGAGCUGUGAAUAGUUUGAGACAUCGAGAACGACACGACGAGAUUGACUUUUGACAAACCUGACGAAAACAUCCUGAUGUACACCCAUGCAACCCUGCCCCAAAGAUGAAAACAGUAUUCUGUGGAGAUAAAGCCAUAAAUCACCUAGAAUAUAUUCACACAGGAGUAGAUGGAAAAUUAACACACUUACAUGCCUUCCCGUAAAUGCCCUCCGCCUGCACUAUAUUGAGAUUCCCUUACAAAUCCACUGAAAAGUUGUUUUUUUUUUUAAAAUUGCAAAUAUUAAAUCCAGCUUAUGCAGUCUUAAAAAUAAUAAUCACACUUGGUAAUAUCCUGCUUAGACUAGUAAAUUAGCUCUGCGUGUAGCAGCAAAGGACUUCAUGUGGAGGCUGCAGGUCUCUGUGAAGAUAUCCCAAGGGCUAUACAGGUAUCAUCAUAAGCUAAACGACGACAUCAGAUCUAACAAGUCCAAGUUCGGUUCACAAGUCUGCAUCGUGACGGCCAUUAAUGACAUCGACAUAUACACAAGUUUAAAUAUGUGUAGUGAAACAAUCAAGACUAUUAUGCAAAAGUCCAAAGCUUGAGCUGUUUUGAAAUGAAUAUAUCUCUCCAGUGUGAAGAAAGCUUGAACAUGAAACUCCCGUGACUCCUUCAGAGACAUUGUGUUAUAUAUUGAUGCAACACUUUACCUUUUCUGCAGAAAAAAAUAAAUAAAUGAAGUAAAAAAAAAUUGCAGGAUGAAAUAAUGCAUUUACAGAAACAAUUUCAGUAAAAGUCGACUGAUAAUGGAUUUGACUGAAGUGAAUCUGUAGUAAUAGCUGUCAUUUGUGUUAUCUCCAGAGCAGCUGUCCAAAUGUCUGUUUCUACCCACAAUGAAGCUAAACCAGCCCUUUGUGAACCAACACUUAUCUACUCUUCCCAGAGACAAUAAAAAAGCAUUUUAUAGAAGGGUUUGUUUUUUUUGACAAGCCAGUCAUUUUACAUUAAGGUGCUUCAUUUCUACAAAGCGAGGCGAGACGUAACAUGUACAGUAACAAAUAGACAGCCCAGACACUACAAUAUAUAUGGACUCAAAGUCUGAACACACAUACUCUGUAAAGUUUAUAGUAUCCAACGUGGAGCAUUACUCUGCUUACAGCUAACACAUCAAUACCGAGCAAGUUUGUACAGGUAUUAACACCAUUCUCCUCAGUUGAUGUACAGAAGAUGUUUUAAGGUACGUGUUGAUGAAGAACAGAUUAUUCUGCUGAAACGGUCAGUUUUUCCAAUGUAGAUUCCUCUUUUUUUUCCUCUUAUAUGUGGGCCAAGUUGUAUUACUUUCACUAUGGUCUUCUGGACCGUUUAAUAGUCUCACACCCCACUGGUUUCUGGAUGGUUGCGGAAAACUACGAUGAUGCUACUGAAAAGCGACAGAGAAGAUAACAAGUGUGUGGGGAGGCGUGAUUGUUAUCCAGUUAUUGUGCCCUGUGCAAGUGUGUAUUUACAUGCGUGUAUGAAGUUUGUGUGCAUUUUUUUUUUUAUCUCUCUCUCGGAAAGCAUGUGAAUAGUUUAUCUGCUCUUUCAGUGUAGGUUAUUAUGCACACAUGUCAUAGAUUUUAGCCAUAUCCUGUUUCCACAUUUAGAUUUGCACAGAGGAGGAACAAUGUGAAAUGAGGCAUUAGCGCAGCUAGCAGGGAUCGUUUGUUCCUUUAAGCAACUCUUAUAACAAAGGAAGAGAUUUCUGCAUGUUCACCCAGCCUAAUGUCAGAUAGCAUAGUAUUAGCCACCUAGCCUGGUGCUGGUGUGCUGCAUUAGAGCACCAGCUCCUCUCAAAGCCGGCCCAAGGCAAAGCAAGCUAAGCAGCCCCCAUUAUCAGUGACUUACUUCACUAAAGGGAUGCACCGAGCAUCAGCUGAGUUUUAACUUGACAGGAAAUAAUCAGGAAACUAAAACAUCAGAUCAUUUUUGGGUCAGCAAACAUGCUAUGCCCAAACCCUACUGGACUGCGCAGCUGCAACACCCUUUGUUGUGGAUGGGUGUACUAAGGACAGAAAACUCACCAUUAGCAUUUUCUAAAGAAGCACAACAGGCAUUUUAAAUAUUUGGAAAUUAGAUGCGUAUCUUACAGAAUAUUCGAAACAUUGUCAAAUGAUUGUACUCAAAAAAAAAAUAAUUCUUUCUCUUUGAUGCUUAGUGUCUUUUGAGGUUGGAAGGCAGCUUUGCCAUCACCCUAAUCUCUAGCUCCCUCUAUCAGGUUCAUGUUUGGACUUUGACUUCAAAAUGUUUCUUACAUUUCAGUUAGAAGAAAAAUAUAGGUAACAUUGAAAUGUUUCACUUUAAAGGUAAGAAUGUCAGUAAUGUUAGGCAUAAUUCUAAUUUAAAUGAGUAGAGCAAUUAAACAGAUAACAGAAAGACUGAUUGUGUUGUAGCCAAGUUGGUCUGAUUUAUCAUCCCUUGUAGCUUUCAGCCUCUAUCAUGAAACAUAGGGUGUUUUAGAAAUUUUGGCUUUUGAAAUAGUCUACAUUUUAGGGAAUACACAUGGAAGCUGUUGUUACAAAGCAAACUGAUAAUUGUACAUUUAGGAUGCUAAAAUUAAAUCUGCAUCUUAAAAAUCAGGUUUAGGGCAACUGCCCUUUCAACUCCUGAAGUGGUUCCUUUGCUCUUCAGGUAAAUAAUUAAUGAGUGGUGAUUAAGUUUAUCCAAGAGAAACCAAAAUCUAUUAAAAUUGUAUCCGGAGGGUCAGAGCUUCACAAAAUUUUUAAAUUGGCCACAAAAAUUUGAUUGGUGCAUCUCUACUAAAACUAAAAUGUUUAAUUUUAAUUUAAUUUGACAUAUGAAUAUGUAAUAUCAAAAUAAUACAAUUUGAUAGUUUUGAAGAGCAUGACUGAAGUCACCAUAGUUCAGUCAUUUCUCCUGCUUGUGUCUGUGUGGGAAUCACCUUUCAUCAACACUGUAGCUGUAAAUAAACAAAUAACAAUGAACCUUCACUUAAUGCAGGAUUCUGGCAGCUGCCUAACCAAAUGAAGAUACCAGACAAAUUAAUUUGGGGCCCCAAAUUAAAUUCUACUUCUGGCCCCACAUAAUCUUGGCUCGGCUCUGGAACCGUUCCGCCAGACUUUUAGCUCUCUUCUCUUCUCUGAGUUGAAGUUCAUUUUCAGGCAAACAGAAGCCAGAUUUGUUUGUCUUUGGAGUUGUAGUAAAUAUAGUUUUAAUGAUGGGGAACAGAAAAAGGGGAGGGUUGUGUAUUUUAUUUCUUACUAUUGUCAAAUUUUCCCAUCCUGUUAGUUUUUUUUUCUCCAUAAAUUAUGGAACAAAACAUAUUGGGUAAGAAUGUAGGGCUAACUUCCCCUCUUUCACUAUACUAUACAGAAAUAUUAUUUCAAUGUUUUUUUUCUCCACUGCAAUAAUUUUCAGCACCUUUCCAGAAAGGCUUCAUUUAAUCCUUUAUUUUGCCCCCUUUUGUUGUCCUUUUUGAAGAAUAAAAAAUGUCUAACAGUUCAUAGAAUGAAUGGGAAAGUAUUUUUGAGAGAAUUAUAUUUUGCAGGAAAACAAUAUUUAAGUACUUUGUCUAAAAAUGAUAUCCUUUUUGUAAAACAAAAAUGUUAUUGCAUGCUUUUUGAUGAGAUGUUUACAUGUACUUAAAAAAAGGGAAACUUGUGCCUUUUUAUCUCACCUGAUUUACAGUUUUACAGUAUAUAUUGUAAAUAAUAAGGCAAGUCUUUAUGUUGAGUGUAGUAUAAAACAUUUCUACUUUAACCAUCUUGUUAAACAGUUGAAAAAAAAUGUGUUUCCCACUCGCCAUGUUCUGUUUGUUGGCUCGCAGAGUAAGGGUUGGCACAGUGAAAUGAAUGUAUCAUUUAUCGUGAGAGACUUAUGGCGUAUACUACCUGAAUGUUAGAGAGAGUACAUUUAUUAUCUACUCACUGAGGACAUUUUUUUAUUUUGCUUUUUUUUUUUAUUUUCUUCAUUAUUGUUUCCUUAAACAAAUAAAAAAAUCAAAAGCACUUUUUUUUAAAAAUUUGUAACAAGCUGUAUUAAGAAAGGGAUCCUCUUUGCUGUUGAGGUGAUAUCGUAACCACGGUAACAAAGUAGAAAAGCACUAUAAUAAUUAAAACCAAGGAGUCGCAUACUGUUGAAACUGGGACAUGUUAAAAGAAGUUAUUGACUUUUUAGCAUUGAAAUAUAAACAGGUGAACACAUUAACUUAGAAUCACUGACUUCAACAUGAGUUUGCGCUGGCGUUAUUAUUUAUUUUAUUUUAUUACAAAUGAACAAUUGAAAAGAAAUGUGCAUGAAGGUUUGGCCAUCAAAGAAAAUAAUUUGAGGUAAAGAAAGGUAAAUUCAGGAUGUUGAAUCUUCUGCAACCUCUCCAAGUGAGACUGGAUGUCUCAUUAUAGGACAUGUUUAUGAGCUGUGAGUAAACUUAGGAAAAAACAACUAUCAUAUGAAUGUUUCCAGUUAUAAAAUAAAUUUUAUGUUUGGUUCCAUUGUGUUCACAAAACUAUCUUCACACUGCAAAUUAAGCUAUUUGAAAACGUGAAAGGAAAAACUGUGAUUUUUUUAAUGUGGUUUUCUGUGGAGUUAUAGUCAGAAUCUACCUUCAACAGACAAUAAUCUGGAUAAUCUCUGUUGGGAGAAACUAACUAAUUUCUUAAGUAAAGACAGCCUGAAAGUGGAUUCAAAAACAAUUUUUAAGGAACAUUUAGAUUUCAAAUGACCAGGUAAUGUUUUCAAGAAAAAAAUUUUACUGAUGGAUGCUUCACAAAAUGAGAUUUGAACAUAAUCAGUUCUUUUAAAGACAGGCAGGAAGUAUCUAUGAACUUUAAAAACAGGUUUUUUAAAUUAAUUUUAUGAUAAUUUCAUUGAAAUUUAAAAAUACAAUGCAAAGCAAAAUUAUAAAACAACCAUUUAAAUGUCAAAUGCAACAAUGUGAAGCAAAUGAUUUUGUAUCAGGAAUUGCUUAUUAAAUGUCUUUGGCUGUAUUCAGCCACAUUUAUUUGAAGCUGCAAAGAAGGAUAAACACAACUUGGAACCAUUUCACUCUGCUGGGUAAAACACGAAAUGUCUAGUUCCUGUGUGACAUAAUUUCUAGAUAUUCUUGCAUUGCUUUGGUGUAGAGUACUUUAGAAAUCAUUUCAUUUAUAUGUUUUGCAUCAAACAUGGGUGUUGAGAUGUCAAAGCUUUGUAACUGAAUAACAGGUAAAAAAGUUGUAAUUGCUUCUGACUGUUUUCUAAAUAUGUUUACUUCAGACUAUGAAAACUACACAGUUGUGGUUCAAUACAAAUACUUGAACAUCUCAGAGUAAACAACAAUUUUAAAGCACAAAGAUUGGAGCAGAAAUUCAAUCUGGACUAGCCAUUAGCAGGACUCUUUCAUGGGAACUUCUGUUUCCCCAAACCGAGAUCGUUCUGAAAGCUUUCAGCAGGUAACAUACUGACUAAUGACAAAUCCACAAAAUCCACACUUCAAAUUUUUCCCAAACUAUUUCUUUAAAUUUUUACUGGCAAAAUAUGAGCUACAAACAGUGGAGGGAUUAAAGUGUGACAGCAAAGUAUUGAACCGGGAACAGGGGAGUGUUGGAAAUAAGUGAGCAUAUAAAUCUAUCUGCGCUCGAGCUGCAUUGUUAGUAAUUCAAUAUUUUCAGCUGUCACUUUAACAAAGUGAGAGAAAAGAAAAUCUUCUGCAAGUAAGUGCAAUUCUCUGUCAGCAGACGGACCUGUAAGUUGUAGUGACACUCUCAUCCAACUUCCAGCAAAAAGUAAACAAGAAUAUUCACAACUGUCAAACUAGUUCCAAGAGAGGGAAGCUGAUUAAUGUACAGUUUAUUUUUUGGUCAUCAGUCAUUACAUACUGCCAGCUCAAACUUUCCCAAAACUCCAGGGAGCUGCAUUGUCUUCUGAACAGUCCUCUUCUAAAUUCACUCUCCUUUUUUGGCUUGUUUGUCUCACGAUUAGUCUAACUGCUGUUCCUGACACUAUUACGUCAUUGUGUGUAUGGAGUCAUGUCAUUGCCGUUUUUCAGAGUUGUGAAUCGGGUGUAGACAGUCUAAGCCAUAUCUCCACGGCCAUGGCAGUGCAUUAUUUAUUAAUAAAUAUAUAAAUAUAUAUAUAAAAAUAUACAGAAAUGCUUUUUUUCCAGAUCCAAAAAUACCUUUUUACUCAGUACAAGUUUUCUUAGCAAACAUACAGUGAACCUCCUUCACCAAACCUCCUUCAGCAAUUUUUGAAACCAGAUACUACUGUAUAUCUUAAUGCAGAUAUUGCCAUACUUGUGUUUGCAGAAAUAUUGCAAGAUUCUAAUAAAACCAUUACACUGACUGAUUAAUGUGAUCUGAUUAUUUAUGUGUGUUGUUUACUUUAGAAAACAGAAACCUACAGCCUACCCAACAGUCAAUGCACAGUCAUAUUCAAUAAAUAAGAAAGCAUUAGAAAAGUUAACUUAUUUCAGUAACAUAAUUCACUCAGCAAAAACAUUAAAUGAUUUAAUUAAUUCAUUGUAAAGCCUUUAUUUCUGUCCAUUGUGAUUUUCUGCUUACAGCUCAAGAAAACAUGACAUUUGGGAUUAGAGUAUUACAUCAGUCCAAUAAUAAUAAUAAAAAAAAAAAAAAAAAAAUACAGAAGUUUGGCUUAAUAAAAAGUAUUUUUAAUUUCUUUAAAGGUUGUUAUUUUCAAAACAUCUAGCAAACGAGCCUCAAACAAAUAUAUUUAUUGAAUAUGACUCAUGAACUUUCACUGACCACAAAUCUUAGAUUGUUGUUCAAGUCAAAGUAAAUCCUUAACUGUGCAGGUGAAAAAGCAUGAAGAUGAUUUUAACUUGCUGGUUGUUAUGCUCAUUGUCUGUCAAUGUAUAUUCCUCUAUAAAUAUUGUUUUGCUUAUUUCAAAUUCUGAUGCCUCAUGUUGAUAUAUAUCUAAGAAAGCAAAUACAUUUUUAUGAGUUUUGGCCUUUCAAACGAUUAUAGAAACCCCGACAAAAGUGGAAAUUUGAGAAAAUGUGGGUAAAUUGGGAUUUAGAGUCCCAUUAAAAUACAUUAAAGUCUGCGACAUACAAUGCGCCAUACUGACUCCCAAUCGACAUUGUGUCGUGUUUUAACUUGACGUCAUAUGCUAAUACGGUACUUAAAAGUAGUUCAAGCUAUCUAUCUGCACACACAAAUGAACCUCCUGGCGCCAUGUUUAAUUCCUAUCAAGAAGUCGUAGUUGUUUUGAAGCAAUCUAAUUGACUGAAAUCAGCUUUGUACUAUACUGCCCCCUACAGGUUUGGACAUGUUUAAAUCAACACUCAGCGACGUUUUGUACGGGUUAAUGCGGAUGUCGUCUUUUCUGAAACCGAUAUCGUGCAUGAUAGUAUUGCUGAUUGGCUGAACCCCAACUGUGAACUGCCAUGCUAAGAUGGUUGCCAGUGUAUGUCAAUGAAUAUUACACGGUGUUGGUGUGAAAACUAUUACAAUAUAGAGGUAUAAAAGUUUUAUUAAGAUUUUUGCUAUUAGCAGGUAACCAAAUAUGUGGAAAAUGAACAAUCGUUUUCUAUGCAAAAUAAAUCCCCUUAUGAUGAUAAGUGUGUCGACUCCUUAGUUAUUCAGGUGUGAACAGAUAUCGUUUCAUUAAUAAAAUAUUUGAUUCUUGAUUUUAGACAUCAGUAUUUGCUAAUCUUUUCAUUGCAUCAUCUUUGUCUUUAUUGCAAGUUUGAAAUAUAGAAAAAUCUUUUUGCUUUUAAUAUGUGAAAUUGAUUGUCCACUUAAAAGGAGGUAUUCACUUUGAAUACAUUUUUAAUUUAUGUUAUGGGGCUGACUGAUUUUUGAAGACGAAAGUUGUUGAAUGCAAUUUAACUAUGCUAAAAAACCUGUUUUAUGUAGAUUAAUCCAUAUAUCCAUUUAGUGCCUGGAGAAAAAUAACGAACUUUGGUAGCACAGAAAGGAUGUGCUGAGGAGCAGCAGCAGGUACGGCAGCUUAAAGGAGCUGGAGUAAGAGGAACAAAGAAGGAAGGAAUAGAAAGGCAGGAGACUUUUACAGUUAAAAUGAACCUGUGGAGAAAAAUCACCAUUAACCUUGUUAAGGUCUGAUCUGAACAAACGCCUGCUUUGCCAGACUGGAGAGCAGACAGUAUUACUUUUUUGCUCAUUCACCCCCCCUCUCUCUGAAUCACAGCCUUCUCCAAAUCUCCCCCAGAUUUCCAAUUGCUUUCACUUGUAGUCGUGCCAGAUAAACAGAAUCUAUUGGAUCAGGCUGAUUUCACGGCUG